CAUGAAUUUCAGCAACAUCUACGAUUUAAGUGAGGAUUAUUUUGGGUCACCUAAUACAUCAGAUUACCCAUCUGAGGAUGAUACAUUAUGUUCCUUGCAGGAGGUCAGGAGAUUCUCUGGGCUAUUUUUGCCCAUUGCUUACUCCUUGAUAUGUGUCUCUGGCCUCCUGGGCAAUAUUUUGGUGGUGGUCACUUUUGCUUUUUAUAAGAAAGCCAAGUCGAUGACAGAUGUUUAUCUCUUGAAUAUGGCCAUUGCAGACAUACUAUUUGUCCUGACUCUCCCAUUCUGGUCAGUGAAUCACGCUACUGGUGAAUGGGUGUUCAGCAACGCCAUGUGCAAACUGAUUAGGGGUAUCUACACCAUCAACUUUAACUGUGGGAUGCUGCUCCUGACCUGCAUUAGCAUAGACCGCUACGUGGCCAUCGUCCAGGCAACCAAGUCCUUCUGGCUCCGGUCCAGAACGUUAGCACACCGUAAAGUGAUCUGUUUUGUUGUGUGGGCGGUGUCAGUCCUGAUCUCCGGCUGGACUUUCACGUUCAAUCAGAAGUACAACGUGCAAGGCAGCGAGGUGUGUGAGCCCAGGUACCCCAGGAUCUCCGAGCCCAUCAAGUGGAAGCUGUUGAUGCUGGGCCUUCAGCUCCUUUUCGGUUUCUUCAUCCCAUUGGUGUUCAUGAUAUUUUGCUACCUGUUUAUUGUCAAAACCUUAGUGCAAGCUCAGAAUUCUAAAAGGCACAAAGCCAUCCGCGUGAUCAUAGCAGUGGUUCUGGUGUUUCUGGCUUGCCAGAUUCCUCAUAACGUGGUGCUUCUCGUGACUGCCGCGAACUUGGGUAAAAUGAACCGCUCCUGCAGCAGCGAAAAGCUGAUCGGCUACACCAAGAACAUCACCGAGGUCUUGGCUUUCCUGCACUGCUGUCUCAACCCUGUGCUGUACGCAUUUAUCGGUCAGAAGUUUAGAAACUACUUUCUGAAGAUCAUGAAGGACAUGUGGUGUGUGAGAAGAAAGCAGACAUCACAGGGCUUCUCCUGUUCCAGACUGUACUCGGAAACCUUCAUUUCCAGGCAGAACAGCGAGACGAUGGACAACGAUAACGCGUCAUCCUUCACUAUGUGACAUUCCCGGAAGCGUGGUGAGGAUGUGCUGACAGCCAUGAUGCCAAAAUGCAUGGGAGAUGCGGAAAUUAAACGAAAGGAGGCCAGUGUCUUUCCUUAGGGAUCAGGACCGAACGUGAUCUUGGUCCCCAUAAGUCUCUACACGGGGUGGUGGGUGGGCUCUGAUAUGUUGCAUCUCCCCAGUUUACGGGACCAAGAGCUCUCUAUGACUCCAGAAGACCUCACAGCUGGCACUCCACAAAAACAGACUUUGGUAAAUGCUGGAUUAAAGCAAAUUGUUGACCAACAUGAACAUUUCCAGAAAUAUUCACGCAGCACUCCUAGGCCACAGUUUCUUCUUACCGUAGCAAAAAAAUCACAUGGUCUGGAAAACCAAAACAGAAAGAAAACAAAUGAAAGCCCUCACACAACUCAUGUUAUCUAUCGAAAUGUUUACUGUUGCUGUUAUAAACAGCACAAUCAACAGGCUUGCCCUUGGCCUCAUUUCCUCAUGAUACACUCAAUGAGCAAGAGAUUGUAAAAAGGCAGAAGAAAACAAGCUCAGGAAACUGCAGGAAAAGACAGAAAAGGUGGCUGGAUAAGUGUUAGUGACAAUGUUCACUGCGGAUAAGGCACGUCAGGUCCUAAUGGGCCAUUAGGAAAGUGUGUCACCUUUAUUUCUCCGAGAAACUGAUCUUUGUAAUUGGUAACUCUCCUCUAAUAGUCCAUUAGAGAGCCAGCCCUGAUGGCGUAGUGGUUAAAGUUCGGCAAGCUCCGCUUCAGCAGCCCGGGUUCGGUUCCCGGGCACAGAACCACACCACUCAUCUGUCAGUAGCCAUGCUGUGGUGGUGGGUCACACAGAAGAACUAGAGGACCUACAACUAGGAUAUACAACUAUGUAACUAUGGACUGGGGCUUUGGGGAGGAAAAAGAAAAAGAGAGAGAAGAUUAGCAAUAGAUGUUAGCUCAGGGUGAAUCUUUCCCAGCAGAAAAAAAAAAAAAAGAUCUCCUGGAUCCUUAGAAAACACAUGUAGCCUCCUAAAUUAUCUUGUAAAAUAUUAAAAAAAAAAAAAGUCCAUUAGAUUGAGAGUUCUAUAAAGACGGGAUACUUCAGCACACAGAAAGGGCUUAAUAAACAUUUGUUUAACAAAUCAUAAUGAAAUUGGAGUUUAUAGUGCAGUUAAAGUGUUAGGUGUCUUAAAUUUUUUUUUUUAAUAAAUAGAAUACAUUUUUUAAAAGAACAAGAGAAAUUGACUGCGACAAUAUGGAAAGAGCUUUUGUUCCUUUCCCACAAUGGAGAUGAAGAAGGAUGUCUUCUGGUCGAGGACUCUGGUUAUGAGCUUCAAAUGAGCUAGUGGGUAGGUAGACUCCUGUUGGCUUCUGAGGCUGGUUUUCAGUGGUUUUAUCUCAAGUCUAAAGUUAAUUAUAGAAUCAGAUUUUAACAACUGUCUUCACCAUCAUAGAAAGUUCAUAGAACUCAGAUUUUGAAAGUGCUGUGUAAAUAUAUGAACAUAAGUGGAACAGUAUCAACAUAUAUUACAAACGUAUUAGAAGGAUACUGACAUGUUUAAUUCUGACAAAUGUGUUAUUUGAGACUUUUUGUGUUCCUGUAAGCUGUAACUAUGCCUCUAUAUGAAAUUCAAAGUGAUAUCUUAGGAUUCAAAGUCUGUAUUUUUAAAACAUGGUUUUGGCUUUGCAAAAUAAAACUGUUUUGUGUGUGAA